AUGAUUGGCUGUGCAGCGCCCGCGCUUCGACCGGACCGGCGGAGGGACCGCAACCAACCCAUGGCCCUCAACACACCGACUGACGUAUCGCAACAAACCACGCUGUACUCAGUGCAACGAGUCAAUACCAUGAAUUCGACGUCCUCCUUCGAUGCUGAGAGCACUGGAUUACACAGCGAUGGACCAGAAGUCCGACCAACAAAACGGCGGAAGACGCGCAAAGGCACCCACAGCUGCUGGGCUUGCAAGAAACGAAAGGAGAAAUGCAUCUUUCAGUUCCCAACUUCCACGGCUUGCCAAGGGUGUGUUAGACGCGGUACACGAUGUAUCAGUCAAGAACUCCCAGACGAUGACGAUCACGACGGCUCAGAAACGCCAGCUGGUGCGCGGAAUAUGCGCGAACGCUUGGGGAGGGUGGAAGCGGCUCUACAACAGUUGAUCAAAUCAACUGAUCAUCCCCGAGCUGUUGAUCAUGACCGUCUGUCACUAGUGAGCAAUACAAGCCAACGCGCUUCAAUGGAACGUUAUCACGGCACAAGCGCCAACAUUGAUCGGCAGAGCCAUGGACUGCCUGAGCUAGGAGGUAUCCCAACCCCCGCGUCGAUUGAAUCAGAACGAGCACCUUCCCGACUGGCUGUAUCAAAUGUUGCGAGUGAGAUGCGUAUGUCCAUGCCUGACUCGACUGGCGGUCAUACUCAAUACUUGACGCACACAUCCUCCCACUCUUCCAGACAUGCCCGACUAUCUCAGACCCUCUACAAGGAGCUUCCCUCUCAUAAGGACUGCGAAUUGAUUUGUAAAGCCAGUCAUUCCAGUUAUUAUAUGUUGGACGAAAUUCUAUCCUUUCAGUCAAGAUCACACAAUCACCAUCAGAACCACCAACCCUCCCCGGAGAGCAUCCUACAAAGACCGCAACAGCACCAUCACCCUGUACUUAUCGCAAGGUACAUGCUACAGCUUGCCAACAUCCUUCAACAAUUUUGCCCGGAUAUAGAUGGGGAGAUCCAAGAGCUCUCUGAGCCUCCGCAGGAGAUGCGCGACAGGCUAGCAGACUUAGCAAUCAGUCAUGUGGCCGUCCAAGAUCAACUCUUGGGGAGCAUUGAAGGGGUACAGUGUGUCGUCCUCGAAAGCAUGUACCAUGCUAAUUGUGGGAAUCUUCGGUUAAGCUGGGCCGCGUGCAGGAGAUCCAUAUAUCUUGCUCAGAUGAUGGGCUUCCACGUAGCUGACAGUCGCUCGCAAUACCAGGUUCUUGAACGCCGGUCAGAAUCAAUUAACCCCUUCUACAUGUGGUGGCGAAUCACAAAUUACGACCGAACUCUCUCACUGCUCUUAGGCCUCCCAUCAGGAUCAAGCACUGGUAACCCAGUCGCCGACGCUGCAUUUGUUGGUGAUACACCCAUGGAACGACUAGAACGCACCCACUGUGUUAUUGCAGGCCGGCUGGUCGAAUGCAAAGAAUCGGUCACAAAAUCCCACGAUCUGAACCUCGUUCAAGACCUGGAUAGGAGAAUGAGAGUGGCAGCUCGAACUGUCCCCAACAAGUGGUGGCUUGUACCAACCCUUCCGAAUUCUCCAACAUCGGACCGCAGGCUACUGUUUGGGGAUCUCAAGCAACUUUUGAUCCAGAUGUCGCACUACCACAUUCUCAAUCACAUUCAUCUCCCGUUCAUGCUACGGUCUUCCUCCGAAGAGAGCUAUGGAUCAUCUAGAAUGGCCUGCGUGAAUGCUUCGCGUGAGAUAUUAUCCCGCUUUGUCGUUUUGCGUAGGUUCAAACGUAUCGCCUUACGCUGCCGGACCCAGGAUUUCAUCGCUCUCAUGGCUGCGGUCACACUACUUUUGGCACACCUUGACAAUCAUCGCAGAUGUUCGGAGCCUGUUGGCAGCAGCGGCACCCUAAACGUGCUAGCACACCAAUACUCUACCGACCGCGCUAUGACGGAACAAGUGCAAGAGUGUAUGGAGGAGAUCAAUAGCCAUAACUCGGAUGCAUUUUGCGAAGAAAGUGCCAGGUUACUCCGUCGUCUGCUCGCUAUCGAUACAGAAACGGCGGAACUAUACGCCGAGGGAAACGACGAUCUGUUGAUGCAUGAUACUCUCAGUAUGGACCACAAUGAGAGAAGGCCCAGUGAUAGUACCAUCUCAAUCAACAUCGCUUAUUUUGGCGUCAUCAAGAUCGCCCGCGACGGCAGUAUCACGAAGGAAGUACCAAAGCCUCUAACCGAUCCUCAACCAAAUCCAAUACAGCCUGUAAGAUCUGCUACGACUGAAAUUUCAUCCGCUGAUACCCCGUUUUCUAAUCCCAACGCCCACACUUCAAUGCGCACUUCUUCACCGAAGAGCGCGUUUGCCACAUACUCAGUGAGCGGUUACAGCGCCGAAGAGAGCGCUACAUCGAUAGGACCACAAGACGAGUCUGCGUUGUUUGGCACCCAAGGAGGUACUGCGAAUGGAAUACACUCUGAACAGCCGCAACCUUUGCCGUUCGAAAAGGCCAACUUCGACCCUUCUAUGCCUGGGCUUACAGCUGCGGCUGAUGACUGGAUAUUUCAAGGGGUGGAUAUGGCUUUCUUCGACAGUUUGAUGAGUGGUUCUAAUAGAGAGAGUGGGCUGCCAGAAGGGAUACCGUCGCAAUAG